AUGCCUUUUAGGAGGAACCGAGGGUCGCGGGUGUUUCACCUGAUGAUGAUCCUGCCGGCGGGUCUCCUCCUCGUCCUCUCUCUCGUCGCCCUCAGCACGCUGGCCGUCACCAACGAGCGGUUCCUCGACGAGUACGAGGAAAAGGAACCAAGCGGAGACUCUCGGUGCAUCCUCUACGCAGAGAAAGGAGACGGGACAGUGAGAUUCCGGGGCGGCGGAACCUGCAAUUUUGGGGUGCUGGGAGCAGCGAUUAUGGGCGGUUUUGCAAUUGCCUUUACGAUUAUACUCGUGGUGAAGGCGCUAUUCGGCGUCCACGUAGUCAGUUGCAGUGUGGUGAUAGAGCUAGCACUGUCCACCAUUGGAGCCCUAUGGGCCUUUAGCGUGAGUGUAGUGAUCACCGUCGGCCUGGAGCAGACCUGCAGAGCCUAUACGGACACCUUUCCAGACAUUGACAGCUCGUCCCCAUGUUGUUCAUUCUUUUAUCGACAUGAAGAUGACGAUUCGAGCAAUGUCUACUUCUAUGAGGGGAUCAACACAUCCAGGAUCACGGCAUGGUUUGCAAUGGGAGUACUGAUGUUCUUGUCUGGAGUCUAUCUCUGCAUUCUCCUCCGCUACUGCUGUGGGGGGAGAAAGGCUGCCACCAAGUCUAGUGCACAACCAGAAGUAGAGCUGCAGGAGAAGAUGGAGCCUAACCCCAUUUGAUUUUCAGACCAGCCCCAAGCUUUCCUCUUCUCUUUAUAAACACAAACAUUAUAGAGACAAAAUAGCAAAUAAUUCUCCUGCCGAUAUAUCCCAGACAAUUAUUAUCUCCAAACAACUACCCUUGUAUAUAGCCAUAAAUAGAGGUAUAUAUAUAUGCAGUCAAAAUUUUGUGAUUAUCAUAAAAACGACAUAUAAACAAUGGGAUAGGAGAAAGAGAUGUAAUACGACCAAUAGGAAUGACAGGGAGAAGUGGAUAAAAUAAUGGAGACAGUUACACAGAAGACUGUUUAUAGUCCUUGACGUCAAUGAUCUGUUUGCCACACAUGGCACAUAUACCCUUCUUGUAGGCACACCCUGUAAAAGAGCCCCUGUGAGUGUUAGCCUGGAUUAUAUCCACAUAACGUUUAUGUGGUAUAAUCCAUGGUAUUAGCCCUGCACAUGACACGUGCACGCGUUCACAUUGAGUUGAUAAUUCAGGGAUUCAUGGUGGUCAGGC